UCGAGGCGGUUUUAUAUUUAUUUCCAAUCUAUCGAAUCGAUCGCUGCUAAGUUAAGUGGAGUAAUACAAUCGGAAGUCUUGGGAAAUCGUUAGAUAUCGUCUAUAGACCUCCUCGAAAUGAGUGGCGUGCUGCGUCGCGGUUCCUUGAAUUUCGACUGUGUGGGCGGACCGCGGGACAAGGGCAGGGGCAGCCUGGAGGCAAACCUGUAUGGCGGAUAUCGCGAGACAAGGCCCGGCCCAAAGACUCCGGAAAUCAGUGUCAUAGCAUUGGACUUUCGUCGCUACUCCGAGGACCUGAAGAAGCCCCCCGCGGAGCAGAGUUCCACCGAUAGGGACCAGCCGCCGAGCAGGGACCUCAGCCAGGAUCCGGACGGCGACGUGAUAUCCAAUUUCCUGGGCCACUACACCCGCUGGAGCUUCCUGUGGACCCUGCUCCUCUGCCUGUUUCAACUGCCCACCACCUUCCACCUGUUCAUGUUUGUCUUCCAGCUAACGGAUGCGGGAACCGGCGAGGCCUCGCCCAUGCUGGAGUCCAAUAAUAUCGAGGAGCUGGACCAGUUGCACACCAAGUUGCUGGAGCGACUCUUGGGCCGCUUAACACCCUGGCAGGGUCUCUGGUGCGGUCUGCUCUCGAUCUUCCAGGCCAUCUGCACCUUCCACAUAUUCGUCUACGUGUUCCAGACCGCCCCCAAAGACUUCUGGUGUGCCCGGCCAGACAACCUCCUGCAGAUGAGCAUUUCGGAAUGGCGAAACUUGAGUCAGUCCUCCAAUGGUUGCCUGCUUCUCGACCUGGACUAUUCCCAAGUGAUGUACGAGGAUAACCAACUGAUCAAUUGGCCGACAAAUGCCACUCAGUUGGGCUACCGACAGUGCCGGCACUUCGAGUUCUCCGACGAGGAAGGAACGGCCAAGACUCUGGUGCAGGAGUUCGAACUGGUCUGCGGCAGGGACAUCCUUAGUCUGGUGGAAACCUGCUUCCUGGUCGGCGCUGCUGCGGGAGCGGUACUUAGCGGCUGGAUAUCGGACCGCUUCGGCAGAAGGCAUACGCUGAUGGCAUUUGUCACUAUCCAGAGCGUGUUCGGUGGAAUUUUGGCCUUCUCAACAUCGGUGGCCAUGUUCAUGUCGCUACGUGUUAUAAUUGGAUUCGCAUCAAUGACCGUGACUGUUGUGAGCUUCGUGCUGGUGGUGGAGCUGGUCUCCGGCAAGUGGCGCACCGUAAUCGGCAUUCUCAACAUUCUGCCCGUGGCCAUAUCCUACGUCCUCUCCGCCGGACUGGCCUACCUCAUCCGCGACUGGCGUCACCUGCAGCUGGCCAUCUCCUUUCCCUGGCUAAUCAUGCUCAGCAUUUGGUUCUGGCUGCCGGAGUCGCCCCGCUGGCUUUUGGCCCAGGGACGGUUGGAUGAGUUGUGUGAGCUAAUUGAGCGAGCGGCCCGAAUGAACGGCACCAGCGGCAUCCUGCCCAGCAACUAUCGCAAGACGCUCGAGGCGGCGGUUCCACGGGCGGUCGAAUCGACACCAGAGCCAGCCGGCGAUGAUGUUAGGACAGUCGGAACGGAUGCACCGGAUCCGAGCACGAGUGGUCCUGUGAAUCCACUGCUGGUGGUGUUCAGUGCGAAGUAUUGGCGCACCACAUGUCUCACCCUGGUCAUCUGGCUCACCCUGAUCAUCAUUUACUUUGGCCUUACCCUGCAUCUGAGCAAUUUGGGAGGAAAUAUCUACAUUAACAGUGCCGUGGCUGGAGCCGUGGAGGCCGUGUCCAUCUGCAUCAGCAUCCUGGUGGUUCUGAAAGUCGGAAUCCGGCGGAGUCUCAUUGGUUACAUGCUGCUGCCGGGCCUCUGCUGUCUGGCCACGAACCUGGUGCCGAGUCAGACGGGUGUGAUUGCAUUGGCCACCAUAGCCAAGUGCCUUAUUGGAGCGAACAACGCCAUCAUUCCCACCUACACUGCGAUGCAAUAUCCCACAAUCGUCCGCAACUUUGGUGUUGGCAUGGGCAACCUGGCAUCGGGCAUUGCUCUAAUCCUUGUGCCCUUCCUUUGGCAACUGGAGCACAUUGAUCCCCUGCUGCCCUUGAAUGUUAUGGGAGUGAGUGGCCUGAUUGGCGCCAUCGCCAUCAGUCUUAUGAAGGAUGUGGUAUAACCUAGAGCCUGAAUUGGAAUUUUAAGAGGGACUGGAGCUGACUUUCCGUUUUGACAUGCCUAACUGUGAUAUAUAUUGGACCUUUUUGGGGACUUUGCGCACCCACACUAAAUCGUUUUUCUCAUUCUAGCAUAAACUAUGAUUUUAUUUUAUUUAUACUUUCAUUGCAUUAAAAACGCAGUAUUUUUAU